GUCGACUCCUGGCUGGUUCAUUGCGCGUAAUAUCUGCAUCGUUCUUUCUGUGCUCGAUCAGCUCGCUCUUGCCCCUUAUAACCUCGUUCCUUCUAUCAAAACACCACUCUGUCCCAAGCAAGUCUGCAAUCGGCGCCAUCACAUCCUUACAGCAUCACUCUGUGAUGAUUGUAAUGGCCACUGAUGCUUGGAUGCACCCGACAGCCACGAUCUCGCGUACGCAGUGGUGGGCUCAACGUUUGAUGCAAUUGGAGACGGGGACACUGCUUGAAGCUGGCAUCCCCAUCCUUCUGAUCUGGUCGAAGAGAUUGAGAGAGGCUUCAGAUAUGUGUCCUCGAACGCCUGCUCUCCACACUCCAGUGCUCAAUUGCCCUCACCUUAAACUAUCGCGUAUUGCCGGAGCGCGGGAAUAUCGUCACAGCGUCAUACACGCGGACCCACUCGUCUCCAGCGUCUCCAGCGUGGAGCUGCAUGAUUCUGAGUUCGCGAUGGCUGAAUUAUCGUGCCAAUCAUCACCAACGCCAUGCGACACCCUUCUCGAACACUUAAACCUUUCUAAGCUGCUUUACAGAUACGACAGGGAGGGUCUCGCCCUACCUACACUUCCUGGUGCUUGGGUGCGGUUCCCGCCCGUUGGCGCUAUCGCUUGGCCUCCGGUUUCUCGCCGAAACCUUCUCGGCAUUUCCGCGUGCUCUUUUGCUUUGAAAAAAAGUCGAGCGCCAGGUCCUGCACUAUCCGUUGGCUCCAAUUGUUUCACACCGUCUUGCAAUCUCACCACUAACAUUGGCUCCGCGCGUCCGUAGACGAAGAACUAGCACUCGGAGCGGACCCUUGCUGCCUGCGCAGAGAGAAAGACCGUUUUGCGUUGGAGUCGUGCACCCCUCAUUCAACAGCUCCUCCGAGGUCAAGACGACUGGGUCUCAAGAAGCUGGUCUGCCCCACUUGCUUCCCUCAGAGCUAUGAUAAAGGGCUAACUAUCUCACCAUUACUGCGAUUGCGAAGGUACCCAUGCUGUCGUCGUAGCUUGUACCUUGCCUGCUAUCUGAUUGCGUGAGGUACAUAUCUAAUCCAGCACUUCCGGUCAACUUUACUUGAAAAUUCUCUGUGGCUUCCUCCCUCACCUCUCCCUCACCUCUCAACUCACCUCUCAGCCUCCAACCUCCUCUCCCAUCCUAUAUAACCCCACUCGUCUUACAUCUUUCUGUUCUCCCAUCUUUCCUUCUUCCUCAAUCCUUCAUCUGGUUUCAAGUCUUCUUUUCUACUC